AUGGAGAAUUGGGUUUCAUACUUCACCAACGUGAUGCAAAUCAACCCGAACCACAUCUGGCUUGGCCUAUGCCUCGGGACCAAGGAGGUUAUAAACUACUGCCACUUAUAUCUUAACAACUACAUCGAGGAUUCAGUGCAGAAGUUUGUGAUUCUCGGGCCAGAGGAGUACGAGUACAGACGGACUGUGAAUUCGGCCUCCACAGUCAUUCAAUGCUGGAGGGAGCUCAUCGCCCAGGCCGACUCCACCGUUCUCCUGGAUAAAAGGCGUGAGGACCCGGGGAAUUUCCAGCAGUGGCGACUCAAGUUCAUAGACCAUAUGAACCAACGCGGACAGGGUCCUGUCUUCGAGAUCUGCCAGUGGAUCUUUCAUACACUCGCAAAGGAGCACAGACUCGCAACCACUCUCACUUUCGAGAAUAUGGCAAUGGAACUUAUAGACUACCAAUGA